AUGCGUGUGCUGGAUAUGACUUACUCCAAAUUUCAAGAUAUUAGAAAGCCGCUUAUUGACCGAGAGUGGCUCGAAGAGAAUCGCAUUCUCAUUCCGUGCAAAGAGCGUGUAAUUGGGCCAAUUUCGCCGCCCGCUGAACAUGGGCGGAACGGCCAAAUUGGGCGGGGAGAGACCAAGGCCAGAUUUGGAGAAGGCAGUAAAACAUCAUUGAAUUCAGAAGGAUUUCCACUGACUAUCUGCGGCGUCAACUCGUCUUGGUUGCUUACCAGCUACAUCGGCAAUGAGUUUUUCUACACAUCCAAAUACUACAUCGUUAUUGUUGUCCCGGCUUCCAGGCAAAGCUACGUGCGAAAUACCAAAAAUACCAACAGUUUGGCACGAUGUCUAUUCAACUGCGACAGUGACCUGAACGAAUACCUGACUUUAGUCACUAUCCACCUCAACUUGCAUUUAACACACAGACAGAGAGCAGCUAUGACCGCCAACCCAAUGGCGCAGUAG